GUCUCAUUUUCUUUAAGUUCCGAUGUUUAGAAAAGGCUUGCCAAGGAAGCACGACUUCAAGAGAUUCAAGCAAAGAAUGCUUCUGUUGGGAAGAAAGUCAAAGUACCAACGACUACUAAGCCCUUGAAAAGUCGGGAGGCCUCAUAUUACCGGGUGACAUGUAAGGAUAAUGGAAGAGGAAUGCCACACGAUGAUAUACCAAAUAUGUUUGGGCGAGUUUUAUCUGGAACUAAGUACGAUCUGAAGCAGACACGCGGAAAAUUUGGCCUUGGUGCCAAGAUGGCGUUGAUUUGGUCAAAGAUGAGUACUGGACUGCCCAUUGAGAUCUCUUCAUCAAUGAAGAGCCAAAAUUACACUUCAUUUUGUAGGUUGGAUAUAGAUAUUCAUCGGAAUGUUCCUCACAUUCAUGUUCAUGAGAAAAGAGAGAAUAAGGAAAGAUGGCAUGGAGCUGAAAUUCAGAUAGUUAUUGAGGGAAAUUGGACAAGUUACCGUGUAUGAAUUAUUUGAUUGUUAUAUCUCAAUGAAAUUCAGUCUACCUUUGCUAUAGUUGCUCUAACUCUAUUUCAUGUCUAAUGUUAAAUCUAGCGUGUUUCUCAGUUCACUAUGCUGGCACUAUUUCCAAAGUUUAUUACUUUUUUUUUUUUUUUUUUUG